UCAUCGCAAUGUCCGAUCGUUUGGGGCAAAUAACCAAGGGAAAGGAUGGGAAAAGCAAGUACUCGACUCUCAGCCUGUUUGAUAAGUAUAAAGGAAAGUCAGUAGAAGCUAUCAGAACUACAGUUAUUCCUCGACAUGGCUUACAGAGUCUUGGGAAAGUUGCUGCUGCCCGGCGCAUGCCACCUCCUGCCAACCUGCCAAGUUUGAAGUCUGAGAACAAAGGAAACGACCCCAAUAUCAUCAUCGUACCCAAGGACGGGACAGGAUGGGCAAACAAGCAGGAUCCGCCAGACCAAAAGAGUUCCAGUGCAACGGCCGCACAGCCGCAGGAGUCGCUGCCGCAGCAGGGUUUGCCGAAAUCUGUCUCCAGUUUACAGAAGCUGACCCAGUCAAUCAGUCAGGAGGGUACAAAUUCAGUGCAAGGUGGACCAAAGUCAUGGGCACAGCUGAAUGGAAAGCCAGCCAGGCCAGAAGGUGGUUCAAGGGCCUCAAACCGACUGUUAUCCUUCUCUCCCGAGGAAUUUCCAACGCUGAAAGCAGCUGGCGAGCAGGACAAGGGUGGCAAAGAAAAGGGCGCCUUAGAUCUGUCGUAUGGGCCCGGACCAAGCCUCCGCCCUCAGAAUGUCACAAGUUGGAGGGAGGGCGGUGGGAGGAACGUAACCUCUGCCACAUCUCUGACCGCCUCCCUGACUGAGCCGGGCAGCAAGACCUCUAACGCAGGAGACGGAGCCCCCUCCUCAGCGAAUGCCAGCGACCCUAAGGAGCCCUCUCUUCGCCCGACUCAGCCUCUCCGCAAAGGGGCUUCGCAGUUCAUGGCCAACGUCUACCAGCCGCCGAUGUACCAUGACAUGCUACCAGCUUUUAUGUGUUCAAACCAGCCCUCCGAGACCCCUGGGCCCUUGGAUCGUGGGUCCUUCCCCCUCCCGCCGUUCCGCCUGGAACCCCGUGUCCCUUUUAGACAGCACCAGACCAGCGACCAAGACGGAAAAGAGAACAGACCCGGGCCGUCGCGCCCGGCUCGCCCAGUCCGGCCGCAAGGGGAGCGGGCCCCCCGGCCUACCAUCAUCAACGCCGAGAACCUGAAAGGGCUGGACGCGCUUGACACCGACGCCGACGACGGUUGGGCAGGCAUCCACGAUGAAGUGGACUAUUCUGAGAAACUGAAGUUCAGUGAAGACGAGGAGGAGGAAGAAACCCACAAGGACGGAAGGCAGAAGUGGAACAGCUGGGACCUUCGGAGGCAGCGGCAGCUCUCCCUGAGCUCGGCGGACAGCGCAGAUGCCAAACACCUCCCAGAGGAAGGGAAGCACUGGGGCGACCCGACUGGCUUGGCUCGGCCAAUCCGAAAAGCGCAAGAAGGCCUGCCGCCGUCGAGGAAGGUGAACGGCUGGGCCCCCCCUUCGGAUUAUCAGAAGCCCCCACUAGCAUGCCUGAGGCAGCAGUCUUCCGAGGAGAAGGAGGAGAAGCUUCCCUUGAGGCAGAAGUUUAUUCACUCGGAGAUGUCGGAGGCUGUGGAGCGGGCCAGGAGGCGGCGCGAGGAGGAGGAGCGGCGGGCCCGGGAGGAGCGCCUGGCGGCCUGUGCUGCCAAACUGAAAGAACUGGACCAGAAGUGCCGGUUGGCCCAGAAAGGAGGAGGAGGAGGAGAGGGCCCCAAGCAUGCCGAGGCGGAAGAGUCCAGACCCUCCGGGCCAGAGAAGAAUGCUGCUCCCGAGAACAGCCACGCGAUCCGAAGAGCCAAUCCUGACUUUCACAGCCAGGAAGCCACGUCUGGUUAUGUGGAAGAAGAGACCCCCGUGGCAUCAGUGGCUCAUCGGAGCAGCAGCGAGGAAGAGCUGCGAGAGGCGGUGUCUCCAGGCCAGGAAUUCAGCAAGUACCCCAAAUCACUCCCGCCACGGUUCCAGCGACAGCAACAACAGCAGGACCAGUUGUACAGCAAGAUGUCGAGCUGGCAGCAGCCCCAGGUGUACCCUCCGUCCUCCCACCCGCAGCGAACGUUCUACCCGCCCCACCCGCAGAUGCUGGGCUUCGACCCCCGCUGGAUGAUGAUGCCUUCUUACAUGGAUCCUCGCGUGGCCCAGGGGCGCCCCCCGGUGGAUUUCUACCCUUCUGCCCUCCAUCCAUCAGGGAUUAUGAAGCCCGUCAUCCAACAGGACUCCAUCAAUGGGACUGCCUGUCAGUCAGAAGAGCAGAGCUGCCAGUCCUCAGUCCAACAGGACAGGAAAGUUUUUUCUGCGGAGUGUGCCCCAGUAUGGGGUCAGGAGAGUUUCACCCCUUUGCAAAGCAAGACUUGCCCCAUCUCACGCCCCAAGCAGACAGAGGGCAUUUCCGGGGAGGGACUGCGUGCCAGGAAUGACAGCACUUAUUCAGUGCCAUCUAGCAUGAACACCCAGCGAGAUCUCUUUGAGGAGUCCAGGGAUGACUACUUAAAUGCCUUUGAUGAGAAGACCCAAGCAAACUUUGACAGCUGCAUCACCUCCUCCCAGCGGAUGAGCCAGGACCGCCUCUUCCAGAGCCAGGAAAGCACAUCAGACGCAUGCAUGUCGGACUCCCGCCACAUGAACCUGAGGAAUUCCCCCUUUGAGCCCAGCCUGCCCCCUGCUGAUAAGAAAGCAGAGUACAAUGGCUGGGACGUCAGCCAUUAUCCAAAACCCACAGAUGGGACGGCUUCUGCAGAGGAGGAGGUGUCCCGGGACGAACAGCCGUUUAGUGAUGAGGCAUGGAGGAAAGAAGGAGCCACCACCAAACAAGCCCCUGCCGAGACAGGAUGGACUCCCGAGAACCGGAACGGCAGCAACCAGCAGCAGGAGCAAAUGGGAAGGGCUCGUAGAUCUGGCCCGAUAAAGAAGCCGGUGCUGAAAGCUCUCAAAGUUGAGGAAAAGGAGAAAGAGCUAGAGAAGGUUAAGGUGGAGGUAGAAGAAGCCUCCCACCCGGCUGAGGAGAAGGCCCCGCCUCAAAAGACUACCGAGGUGGGCGACGACAAUUCAGAAGCUUUGCUCCAGUCCGCUCGCUACCAUUUGCUGGACAACAAGAGCUCAUCUCGGGCUGCUGUCCGAGAAGCCGACAGACCUCAGGAAGACGAGGAGCAGCAGCAGCAGGAAGAGGAGGAGGAGGAGGAGGAGGAGAAUGGGAAGGCCUGGGAGGGCAAGCAUCAAGCACGGGACUCCGGCGACCUUCCCCCCACCAAAAGGAGCAACUGGAUCUUCAUUGACGAGGAGCAGGCUUUUGGCGGGAGGGGCCGUGGCCGUGGCCGAGGAUUCAGAGAGUUCACGUUCAGAGGCCGCGGCAGCGCGGUCGGCUGCGGUGGCGGAGGAGGCGGCGGCAGCACCACCGCCAGUGGCACCCGGGGAGCCUACAACAACAGCAACAACAAUGUGGUCAGCAGCGCCCAAAGAAGCAGCCGAGGGCGGGCCUUGAGGGAGUUUAACCAGCCGGAGGAGUUUCCGCGCGGGAAGCCCAGGCGCAGGAUCGCCAGCGAGACCCACAGCGAAGGUUCGGAGUACGAAGAGCUCCCCAAACGGCGCCGUCAGCGGGGCUCUGAGAACAGCAACGAAGGCUCGCUCGCGGAAAGGGAGGAGGGCGAUCUCAAGAAAGGAGAUUUCCAGGACUCCUGGCGGUCCAAUAAGAUCUAUUCGGAGGACCACGCCGGCUUGGAUGCGAAGACGAGGGGCCCACGAGCGUUUGGCCGUUCGCUGCCACCCAGGCUUAGCAACUCCGGGUAUGGGCGAAGAGGCUUUGUUUCCAAGGAACCGCUGCAGUGGCAAGGGAGGAGCGGGGGAAGCACGUGGCAGGAGUAUAGCCAUGGCACACCCUUGGACACCUUUGGGGUUAGGCGCCAGCCCGACAGGGACUACGGCCAAGACUCUUAUAAGCCCCCAGACUCCUUUAGCAGGCGGGCCUUUGAGGAGGAUCCCAUUGACAAGAGGAACUACUUCCCGGAGGAUUACGGGGGUGACCCCGAAAACACCGAGAACCGCCCCUUCCGUCGACGGCGUCCGCCACGCCAAGACAAACCCCCCAGGUUCAGGCGCUUGAGGCAGGAGCGGGAGUCUGUUGGGCAGUGGAGCCCCGAGGAUGGCGGAACCAACCUCUUAGCUUGCCAGUGGCCCAGGGGAGCAAAGCUGAACGUGACGGACCGGAACGGCACUUCCGUCCGAAGAUCUCCCGAACUGCCCUACCAGAACUCGUCCGACCACGCCAACGAGGAGUGGGAGACAGCCUCCGAAAGCAGCGACUUCAGCGAGAGGCGGGAGAGACGCGAGGGCGUCUCGGAGAGCGACGCCCAGCUGGACGGCAGUCUUGUCGGCGGCGGCUUGGGGGAGAAGAGGGAGCAGGCCAAGAGGAGCUUUUCCAGUCAGAGACCCCUUGUGGACCGACAAAGCAGGAAGGUCGAUCCGGCAGGAUAUGGCGAAAAAGGUGGAAGAACUAGCGGAAGUGGGACCUCUUCCCACUACGAAGGCCAGUCCAGCGGAGCACAGAUAAAAAGCAAAAGAUCUCCGGAAGAAGGAGGAGGCCUGGACCCCGGCGGCCCCGGCAGCAGCCAUUUGGUCUACGGCUCCCCUGCCACCUUGAACAGCGCCGAAGGGCUGGGGGAGAAGCCGGAGAGAGAACAGAAAUCUGCCACGCAGCAAGCUGGCGAGAAGGGAGAGGCCAUCUCUCAGUUUGAGCUGAGCUACGGAAAUGGCAUCCUGGACAGCCGUCUUUCGGGGCCCGCUGAGGAGAGCGAAGUGGGCCCGAUGGGCGGGGAAGGCUUCAUCGAAGUCCUGACAAAGAAGCAGCGGCGGCUGCUGGAGGAGGAGCGGAGGAAGAAGGAGCAGGCUGCCCAGGUUCCAGCCAAGGGCCGUGUCCUCCAGUCUCGGAUGCCCCCUCGCUUUGCCAAGAAGCAGAACAGCAUGUGCCUCGAGCAAGGUGAUGUUUCGGUGUCUGGAAACAGCCUGGGCACAGAAAUCUGGGAAACCAACAGCCCAGCUCUCUCGGUUCAAUCGCCGGGCACCGAUUCCUGGAGUAAACCCGGCAAUGCCUUUACCAGCAACGAGUCCGGCUCCACUGAGCAGGGAUUUAAAGGCAGCCAGGGAGAUAGUGGAAUUGACUUGAGCGCGGAGUCGCGGGAAUCCUCCGCCACUUCCUCCCAGCGCAGCUCUCCGUAUGGCACUCUCAAACCCGAAGAGAUGGGCGGAGCUGGCCUGGUGGACUCCAAGCCCGACUGCCCGAAAGAGCAAGUCCCAAAGCAGUCGGAGAAAAAGGAUUCAGACCAAGGCUCGAGUCAGAGCAAGGAUCACAAGCCUGGACCAAUCGGCAACGAGCGCUCCUUGAAAAACAGGAAGGGUUCGGAGGGAGCGGAACGCCUGGAAGGCACCAUCCCCCCAGUAAAUGGGGUGGAGAUCCAUGUGGACUCUGUUCUCCCCGUGCCACCCAUUGAAUUCGGAGUAAAUCCUAAAGACUCCGACUUCAGCCUGCCCUCUGGCUCAGCCUCCAGCGCUGCCACCAACCCUGUCACGAAAUUGCAGGAUGCCUUAGCCAGCAACAUGGAGUCGGCACGUAAAGCUUGGGAGAACUCUCCAAGCCUACCGGAACAGAGCUCUCCCGGAGGCGCCGGUUCUGGCAUCCAGCCUCCUUCCAGUGUCGGGGCUUCCAACGGGGUCAGCUACAGCUCCUUUGGCGGCGUGUCUGUGCCACCAAUGCCCGUGGCCUCCGUGGCACCAUCUGCUUCGAUUCCAGGCAACCACAUCCCACCCCUUUACUUAGAUGGGCACGUCUUCGCGAGCCAGCCCCGCCUCGUCCCCCAGACAAUACCUCAGCAGCAGAGCUACCAACAGGCUGCUGCUGCUCAGCAAAUCCCGCUGUCGCUCCACACGUCGCUGCAAGCUCAAGCUCAGCUGGGACUGAGGGGGGGCCUUCCGGUGUCCCAGUCCCAGGAGAUCUACAGCUCCAUCCAGCCCUUCAGGUCUCAGGUCUACAUGCACCCCAGCCUGUCCCAGCCCAGCACCAUGGUCCUGACAGGGGGCACUGCCCUUAAGCCCCCCUAUUCCGCCUUUCCGGGCAUGCAGCCCUUGGAGAUGGUGAAAACGCAAUCGGGAUCUCCUUACCAGACGGUGAAUGGAAGCCAGGCCUUGGUUUACGAGGGCCAGAUAAACCAGGCGCCCGGGAUGGGAGCUUCACAGAUGAUGGAUUCGCAGCUCACGCAGCUCACGAUGCCGAUGCCUGGCUCCCAGCUCCCGAUGCCCCGUUACGGUUCUGGUCAGCAGCCCCUGAUUUUGCCGCAGUCGAUCCAGCUCCCCCAGGGCCAAAAUCUGCCUGUCGGAGCUCCUCGUCGGAUCCUCUCGCCGGGUUCCCAGCCGUCUGUCCUGGCCACGAGCAGGGAGUCCUCUCACGUGGAAAUGAAAGGGUUCCAUUUCACCGAUGGUAAACAGAACAUGCCUCCUGGAGGAUCCAUACCGUCACCGCAUGCUUACAGGCCUAGUUCUGCCAGCCCAAGUGGGAAGCCCACCGGUCCAGCCGUCGGUAUGACCUCCGUGCAAGGGCAUUACAUCCAACAGGUAAGAACGCCGUUGCACUGA